AUGAGAUUCUCGAGGCAAGUUUUUCUUCUUGUCACGUCCGUCAAGAGCGUGGUAGCACAAGAAAGAGUUUACGGCGUGUCGAUUCCCCCUAAACUCACAUACUUGCUUCCAGAGGGCUAUGUCGGGAAUAUCAACAAACAUUUCAUCGACACCACCACAUCUGAUGCCUCUAUCAAUGAGCUGCUCGGUUCUGCACGCAAUGCAACUUUCUAUUCUUAUGAUACAGAAUUCGAUUUCAUUGUGGGCAACUCGCCGACAAUUCGCACAAUAUAUGCCAGCAAUGCGACGUUUUCGUACAUUAAUGAGGCGGGCGUGUGGGUUCCUGAGCUCAACCAACUCUACUGCACAAGCAGCGGGGGGGAUUCCGAGCCUUACUAUGUGCUGAAUUUAGACAACUUCACAGUCUCGCCGCCGAGCACUCCUCCACCCGCAUCGCUAAUAUCCACUACCGGAGGAUCUUACUAUAACAAGACUGUGUACAUUGCCAGCUUCGGACUCAAGUCUACAGGAGCGGUGCCCGCCAUUCAUGCCAUUGACCCCUUCACUGUCAAGACCACCACUGUGCUGAACUCUUAUGGUGGUGUUCCGUUCAACCCAAUUGACGAUCUUGCCUGGGUCAAGGCCAAUACAUCGUCCGGCUCCGAAUCUUGUACCCGUCCGGGUGAGGACCAUUUAUUUUUCACGAUUCUCGAUGUCAGUGCGGCUGGCGAGACACAGUUCGUUGACUCAGUGCUACCAAACGCGAUAUUCAGAUACACUCCUUCGACACAGUCCGUACAGGCUGUUGUCUCGCGUGCGGACCUUCUCGCCCCGAACGGAAUAUACGCAGAUCCCACGGGCCAACAUCUGUACUUUACAGACGUAGCGGCCACCGCACGCUCUGGUGUUGGCUCAAAUUCGUCAGGUUCACAGGCGGUAUACAAAUAUGAUUUGGACGCCGACUGCAUGCCUGUCAACAAGCGUCUUUUCGCAAUGCCGCGGAGUGGCUAUGCAGAUGGCAUCAAAGUCGAUGACUAUGGACGUGUUUGGACUGCUGAAUGGAACGGCGUCGUCGUUAGGGACGACCGUGGCCGAGAAUUGGGCGUCUUUAACGCAGAGCAACUGAUCGAUGCGGACUUCUAUCCCAUCAGUAACUUUGGGCUUGCGGGCGAUAAAUUAGUGAUCUUGGCGGGGAACAAAAUAUCUAUCUUGCAACUCGGCCAGAACGUUACUACCCCGGCAGGACAUCGUAGUUGCAAGUAA